GACAAACGGGAUCUGCACGGGGAUGGGGUGCUGUGAGGCCUCCGCCCCGCCUCAAGCGCCUAGAGAUCCUGAGGGCCUCGAUUCCUUCUCGGUCAUAUUGGCCCAGAGGAUGUCACGCCCUGACGAUGACGAAAACACUAAUCCCUGCUCCUACGGCAUGGUGGUGGAAACCUCAUGGUACAACUUCUCCACGGAGGACUUGAAUGGCCUUGUGCUAUCUAACAAACACCCAAGGGGUGUCCCCGUCGUACUUGAAUUCGCCAUCAGGAGCGGGAGCCAUUCAUGUCCAGUGGAAGGCCAGCAGCGGCCUCAGGACUACGCGUGCAUUAGCGACAACAGCUUGUGUGCCACGCCACCCAGCGGGGGCGGCUAUAUCUGCAGGUGCUCGCAAUAUUAUGACGGCAACCCUUACGUCAAGAAUGGCUGCCAAGAUAUCAAUGAAUGUGAGGCCGGUCAUAAUUGCUCAGAGGGAUCCACCUGCGACAACAUAAUAGGAGGAGGCUAUGAGUGUCCAUGCAACUCGGGAAUGACAGGCGAUGGCAAAAAGGGAGGCUGCCAAGAGAGGUUUCCCUUACCUGCAAAGGUGUCUGUGGGCGUUGCUGUAGUCAUUGUUGUAAUUCUCUUCAUGGUUGGGGCACAUCAACUCCACAAACUCAAAAAGUUCUAUGAACAAAAUGGUGGUCCAAUACUAGAAGGUAUAAAGAAUAUAAGGAUCUAUACAAGCAAACAACUUGAGCAGAUGACAAAUAACUACAAGGUUAUUAUUGGAGAGGGCCAUUUUGGUAAAGUUUAUAUGGGAACUCUAAAAGAAAAACAAGAAGUGGCUAUAAAGAAGACAAUCAAAGUUGAUGAAGGUAGCAAGAAGGACUUCAUUGAUGAAGUUAUAAUCCAAUCUGGAAUGAGGCACAAGAACAUUGUCAGGCUCCUAGGUUGUUGCUUAGAGAUGGAUGUUCCAAUGUUGAUGUAUGAGUAUGUAGUGAAAGGGAGUCUGUAUGAUGUUCUGUUCAAAAGCAAAGAUAGCGUUCCAGUGGAUACACGUCUCAGGAUUGCCAUUGGUUCAGCUGAAGGCUUGGCAUACAUGCACUCAGCUGUGGAGAGUACCAUCCGUCACGGUGAUGUUAAAUCUGCUAAUAUACUUCUUGAUGAAAGCUUCACCCCAAAAAUUUCGGACUUUGGAACCUCAAAGCUGCUUGCAAAAGGAAAAUCUGAGAAGACUGAAUGGGUCACUAGAGACAAGGCUUACAUAGAUCCAGCAUACAUGGUUCAUGGGAUACUUACACAGAAGAGCGAUGUAUACAACUUUGGAAUUGUUCUCAUAGAGCUUAUCACAAGGAGAGUUGCAAGAUAUGAUGACAAUAUGAGUUAUGCCAAAAACUUUGUUGAAGCUUGUCAAGAUCAAAGAGCAAGGAACUUUGUCGACAAUGAUAUUACAAGUGAGAAGGAUAUUGAGCUCUUGGAAAUGGUUAGUGAAGUCGCUCUGGAGUGUCUCAAACUUGAUCCAGAGGACCGCCUAGAUAUGAGACAAGUCGAGAACCGUCUCUAUAUUAUAGGACAAUCUGAGCAGUAUGGGCAGGAGAGGAACUAUCAAGGAAAUCUGAGUCCUGGUAUGGAGGUUCCUUUCCUUAAACCCGUGGAGAUCAAAUCUUCUACCAACUAAAGAAGUGUUAUCCACUACACCCUUUAUUCCAUAUUAUAAGCCGUUUUGGCAACUAAAUAUGGAACGGAGGUUGUAAUAUUUUACAUACUAUUUCCCGCCUCUGUUCCCCGAAAUAUUUUGCAUCCCAACUUUCAGCACUACGAAAUCCCCGUCCGACACCUUCCCAAGAUGACCCAACGGCCAUAAGCUACUUAAUGAACUAUUUGUUGUA